AACUCACUCCACUCCUUCUCCUCUCUCUCUCACUCUUGCAAAUACUCAAACACAUUGCAAACAACGCCUAAAUCCCCAUAAACAAUUGAAUUACGUCGAAAUGGCCACCGAAAAUCCACAGAUUCCAGAAGCCUAUAAUUCGGGCCGGGCCGAAAUCGACACUUCUGCUCCGUUCGAAUCGGUGAAGGAGGCGGUGAACCGCUUCGGCGGCAUGGGAUUUUGGAAUCCCAAUUCUCAACAUUCCUCCCAGCAUGAGAGAGAAGUGGUUGUUGAUGUUGUCAAUCUGGAGGAACAAACUGCACAACUCGAAAGAGAUCUUUUUAUGAAGGAGUGGGAGACGCUCGAUGUCUUGAAGGAACUCGAAUCGACCAAGAACGUAGUUGAGGAGUUGAAACUGAAGCUGCAGAAGGAGACGUCCUGGAUCAACGCAGAAUCAGCAAGUGAAGCGAAGAAUCGAGCUGUUGAAGUGACUGGACACGAAGGAAGACACAAAAAGGAUGAGAUUGGCAUUGGUGGUGUGGGCUUGUGCCCCUCGGAAGCUCCCGGUUUCAUUCUCUUGGAGCUGAAACAGGCAAAGCUGAACCUAAUGCGGACGACUACUGAUCUUGCUGACAUCAGAGCCGCAGUUGAUGCAUACAGCAAGAAAAUCGAGAGGGAGAGGGCGUCCCUUGAGAGGACCCGUCAGAGGCUGUCUUCAAACACUUUGAAAAUCUCGUGUUUUGAGGAGGAGCUAAACCAGAAGAGGCAGAAGCUCGAGGAGGUCAUAGAUGGCGACGUUCAUGACCCCAUAAACAUCACGCAGAAGCUGAGUUCGGAGACGGAUCAGUUCAAGAAGGUUGGGGAGGCUGCUAGGACGCAAAUCCAAAGGGCGUUGUCCGAGAUCGAGCAAACCAAGGCUCGGAUUAGGACAGCAGAGGUCAGGCUGAUAGCGGCCAAGAAGAUGAAACAAGCUGCACGAGCGUCUGAAGCCGUUGCUUUUGCUGAAAUGAAGGCACUCUCCUGCUCUGAUGUAACCCUCACGUUCGAGGAAUACUCCUCCUUGAUCUCCAAAGUACAAGAAGCUGACUCGGCCAGCAAGGGCAGUGUCGCGGGAAAAACGCUCCUGGUUGAGGAAACAUACGCGUCGAAGACAGAAAUCUUGAAAAAAGUCGAGGAAGCAACAGAGGAAGUGAAGACAAGCAAGAAGGCUUUGGAAGAGGCACUGAACCGAGUGGAGACAGCCAAUCAAGGGAAGCUAGCACUGGACGAGGCACUUCGCUUGUUGAGAUCAGAGCAAGGCCUCAAACAGCGCUCUGUCCACAACUCCACCAAGUUCAAGAAUCCGUCGCUGAGGAGGAAAGACUCCUACCGUCUUGAUGUCAAUGGCACGGGACUAGUCAGCAAUGGGCUCAAGCACGUGCUGAGGCCGACUCCCUCAAUCGGUCAGAUACUGAGCAGGAAACUGCUGCUGACCGAGGACUACAACAAUGGAGCGCAAGCCGGGAAACGCAAGGUUUCGCUGGGGCAAAUGCUGAGCAAGCCAAGUAGUGAUCAGAGUUCUUCAAGGAAAUGUGGGAAGGAAAACAAAGAAGUGGCUACAAAGAGGAAGAAGUUUGGGUUUGCUCGGAUCUCCCUCCUAGUGGCCAAGCAAAGCAAGAAGAAGAAGGGCAACGGAGCUGCAGGUUCGAUGCUUCAAGGCUGCGUGUGAACGCGAUGAUCAUGGCCGACCAACUAACUUAGUGUGGCUAUUGAUAUGUAUGAAAUAGUUAGAGAUAUGUUGGGAAGGAGGGAAAGUAUGUGAUUUUUUAGGUAAUCUGUGGUUGAAUCUUUGAUUGUAUGUAUUUAUGUGCGCUAGUUGUACUACGACCAACGUAAUUUUUUAUGGCAUCACUGAUUCUUAUAUUCCUAGUGAACAUAUAUUUUUUUCGUUA